AAAUAACCCAAAUUAGUAUGUAUUGUUUAGUCUGCAGGAAAGUUAUAGAGUUCACAAACUAUGGCAGAUAUCUGAAAAUUAAUCAAUCCUGAAAAUGUCAGAACAGUACAGAUAUCCCCCAAAUGUCAGGACGGUACAGAUAUCCCCCAAAUUUAAGAACGGUACAGAUAUCCCCCCAAAUGUCAGGACGGUACAGAUAUCCCCCAAAUGUCAGGACGGUACAGAUAUCCCCCAAAUGUCAGGACAGUACAGAUAUCCCCAAAUGUCAGGACAGUACAGAUAUCCCCCAAAUGUCAGGACAGUACAGAUAUCCCCCAAAUGUCAGGACAGUACAGAUAUCCCCCAAAUGUCAGGA